AUGGAGUCCCCAAAGAGGCUUGUAACUGAGUCGAACCCGUCUGCAAGAGAGAUUGAGAACGCCCCGGAGGAUGGACUCGAGAAGUCUGAUCCGACCUUCGUCGCGGCGACAAAGGGCCAAGUGAUCACUGGGUAUGAACACCUAGGCGCUCUAGAGACUAUCAAAACUUUCAAGCUUUGCACCCUUGUGUGCUUUGCGAUGGCCUUCAGUGCGGCGACCGAUGGUUACCAAAUCGGAAUCAAUGCCAGCAUUAUUGCCAAUACCGGAUUUGUCGCCCGCUUUGCCACCAGUGUCGGGAAAAAUGGAAAGCCUGCACUUGAAUCGCCCAUCCUCAGUGGCUGGAGUUCGAUCAUGUCCUGUGGUCAGAUCAUCGGGAUGACUACUUUGCCAUUCCUUUCCAGUCGGUAUGGAAGAAAGAUUGCCAUGUACACCUAUUGGGUCAUCCUGGUGGCAAGCGUGAUUGCCGAGUGCCUUGCGAGAUCGUGGCCAGGUUGGCUGGUAGCUAAGCUCCUCGCGGGAAUAGGAGUCGGAUGCCUGCAAUCGACUGUCCCAACAUAUAUCUCCGAGGUCGCGCCUACUCGCAUCCGCGGUGGCUUGUUGAUGUGCUACAGCUUCUGGUGGACGCUAGGUUCCUUCUUUGCUCAAGUCGCUCUUCAGCAUCUGUCCAAAGAUGAUCCGACAAACUAUUUAACACCAAUCUAUACCCAGUGGGCACAGAUCGGCCUCAUGAUUCUGAUCUACGUUUUUGUUCCGGAAUCUCCAGCCUGGUGCGUCAAUGCCGGGAAGUAUGAUCAAGCAAAGAAGCACCUUCUCAGGCUCAACCGCGGAGUGCCCAAUUAUGACCUGGAGCGCCAAUUCCAAGUUCUGGUUAUGGCUGUUGAGCACGAACGUGAAGUUGCAGCUGAGCAGCGACGCGAAAAGUGGUAUGCCAUUUUCCAAGGAACUAACGGCCUUCGUACUGUUAUCUCUUGCUGGACCAAUCUCACUCAGCAGUUGAUUGGUCUCAGUCUCUUCGGAACAUUUGGGACAUACUUCUUCCAACAGGCUGGACUCGCGGAUCCCUUUAAGAUCAAAGUUAUCACCAACUCGAUUCAAAUUGCGACAGUCAUUGUCAUAAUCCUUGUUGCCGACCGUGUUGGCAGAAGAUUACUCGCUUGCUCGGGAACGACACUUUGCUGGGUAUCAUGCGUUGCCAUCGGUAUUGUUGGAGUUUGUCCUCGGGUUAACGCGUCAACCUAUGUUUUUAUCCUAUUCGCUUGCCUGUGGAACACUGGUUUGGCUGCCAAUGGCGCGACUGGCUGGGGAUACAUUGGAGAGGUUUCGUCUCAGCGUCUCAGGCCGUAUACUGCUGGCUUCGCAGCAGCCGUUACCUGCGUUGCUGGCGUUGUGAUGAAUGUGCUCGUUCCAUACAUGACUAACAGCAACAAAUGGAACUGGAACUUGAAAACAGGAUGGUUCUACGCCGGCCUUGGUCUUCCCUUCGUUGCCGGCAUGUGGCUCCUGAUUCCGGAGACUACCGGACGAUCUGGUGCUGAGCUCGAUGAGCUGUUCGAGCGGAAGAUCAAGCCCUGGCGAUUCCACAAGACAGAGACUGCUACCCAACGGGUUGUUCAGCUUAACAAGUCUGAGGGCAACUGA